UUGCACUUUUUGGAGAUUACGCUUUUCGAAAUGGCUCUGAGUGUUGCACUACCUCUAACUGGAUUGGAGACAGGGAAUUUUAAUUCGUUCAGCUCGUUCAUAGACAUAGCGGGCCUGUCUCAAUCGCAGACAAGUCCGAGUCCAUCUGUCUCUAGUGAAUCUAGCGGUAUUGGUUCGCUGGCCUCGCUCAAAUCGGAGUCGGUCAAUAGCGACUCCUUACCCUCUAGUCCUCAAACAACAGAGAAGAAAGUAUUUGAACCCUUUUUGCAACCUCAACCACGUCCAAAAGAGCAGAAAGUUGAUGAUGUCAAAGUAAAAUAUGAACAACGUGAUGUUCUCAACCUGAUGGCUAAUCUCACUGAUCCUCGAUGGAAUUACCGUGCUACAGUGCUGCCACCAAAUAACCCUGCGCUUUUCUUUGCCAACCGUUCGCAGUAUCAUCGACUGGGGCCAUUUGGAACACGCACACAUUUUUGCUGUUCCGGCUUCCUCCGUGAACUUCCAGUCCAGGCUGUUCUUUUGAAAUCAUUUUGA